CGUGACGUACUUCCUGUCGCCAGUUUCCGCGGAGUGUCCGCUCUUGCUUUACACCUCGCCACGCAUGCGUUGCGGUGCGACGCGUUCUGCCGGUAGUCUUUAGUGUGUUCGCUGGACGAGUCAGCAACAUGAUGCCCGGUGAUGCUUCCAACAAUCGUCCACGCUAUGGCACCAGGGGCCGUGGACGAAUAGCGGCGCCCGGCGGAGCCGCGGCCCCACCCGCGGGUACCGCGCCCGGCUCGUUCGCACAAGCGCUUCAGCAGCGGGCGACGUCCCAGACGAGCCCCACUGCGACAACCGGCAACGGCUAUAACAAUGGUUUCGACAGUCCACGAGUGGAUGGCGGUGAUUCGGCGGGCAUCUCGCCCGCUUCUGUCUCACCAACUACACCACCACGCACCGGUGCUGACGGCACCACCUCGAGCCCGACUGGGUCGUCAAAUGACGAGAUGCAGAUCAUGGAGAUGGAACGGUCACUCCCUUCACACUUUCCGCGGCGACCCGCACACGGAAAGCUUGGACGGCAGAUUCAGUUGAUCGCCAAUCACUUCAACAUCGACAUCCCCGAUGGCAAUGUGUAUCACUAUGACGUGGAGAUCUACUCCGCGACCUCCGCGGGUGCCAAGGUACCUGAGCAGAAAAAAUACCGCUGCCUCAGCACCAAGAUCAACCGCAUAGUAAUAGAACUGCUUGUCGAGAAGUACAGACAAGACCUCUCCAACUGCAUACCGGCUUUCGACGGCCGCAAAAACCUGUACACGAGGCGCCAACUCCAUUUUCGUGAGCGGACGUUCUCCGUUGACCUGAACGAGGACCAGAGGAUCCAGAAGUUCGUCGUGAAGAUCCAGUACGCGGCCACAGUCAACUUGGACGCCCUGCACGCAGUUUACCAGAAUCGCGUCAACACCGUGCCCCAGGAGGUGUUGCAGGCCAUCGACAUCGUCUUGCGCCAUGGACCGUCCAUCAAGCUGACGCCCGUCGGGCGGUCUUUCUUCAAGGCACCACCGCCGCACGAGCUAAACGCGCUGGGCGGUGGCCGCGAGGUCUGGUUCGGCUACUACACGAGCGUGCGGGCGGCGCAGUGGAAGCCCAUGCUGAACGUUGACAUGUCGGCGACUGCCUUCUACGAGUGCCUGCCCGUCAUCAGCUUCAUGUGCAAGAUCUUCAGCGACAGUCGGCGCGAGAUGCAGCCCGCGGACUUCAAAACUCUUCGCGACUUCCACCACGCACGGCUCAACAAGGAGCUCAAGGGGCUGCGCGUCAAAGUCACACACCUGCCCUACCCGCGCAAGUACAAGGUUGUGCGAGUCACCAAGGAGUCGGCCAAGGAAAUCUUCUUCGACCAGGACGGGACGAGAACUUCCGUGGCCGAGUACUUCCAGAAACGUUACAGCCGCCUCUUGUACCCGCACUUUCCCUGCGUGCAGAGUGGAAGUGUCGAGCACCCAGUCUUCAUUCCCCUCGAGGUGUGCGAGCUGGUCGAGGGCCAGCACUGUCGCAAGAAGCUCGACGAGAACCAGACCGCUGAGAUGAUCAAGCGCACGGCCAAGCCACCGUUCAAGCGGUUCCAGGAAAUCCGGCAGUCGGUGCGCGACCUGGUGAACAGCACCGAGGAUUACCUACGCGAGUUCAACAUCAAGAUCAGCACCGACCCAAUCCAGCUCAAGGGUAGAGUGCUCGAGCCGCCGUCUCUGGUGUUCGAGAACAACUCCGUCAGCAAGCCGCGCGAGGGCACGUGGGAUCUUCGUGGCCAGCACUUUUACAAGCCAGCCACCAUGGACCACUGGACGUUGGUCAGUCUGAGCCGGUUCGCGCAGCGCGACCACAUUGAUAACUUCGUCAAGAUGCUUAUGCGCAUCGGCAUGGAACUGGGCAUGCGCAUCGAGCAGCCGAUCGAGAUCUCGGCGCCCGACCACAACCGGCGUUCCAUCCGCUCCAUCCUCGGAGAGCAGCAGAAGAAGCAUAGCAACCUGCAGAUGGUCGUCAUUGUGAUCGCCAAGACCACCAACUACGCCGAGAUCAAGCAGGUUGCGGAGACGGAGCUCGGGCUGCGCACUCAGUGCCUGCUGGAGAACAACGUGGUGAAGAAGUGCAACGUGGCGCUCGUGCAGAACCUGUGCCAAAAGAUCAACGCCAAGAUGGGCGGCACCAAUAACAGCCUGCUGGCUCAGGAGAAGCCCACGUUGUUCCAGAAGCCCGUCAUCAUCAUCGGCGCCGACGUUUCUCACCCGUCCCCCGGCGACAGGAUCCGGCCUUCGAUCGCCGCCUGUGUCGGGAGCCUCGACUCGAUCCCGUCCAAGUUCCAUGCCACCGUCCGCAUACAGAUGGAGCACGCCGAGGCCAAGGCGCGCGUCGAGAUCAUCAAGGAUCUCAAGGAGAUGAUGAAAGACAUGCUCAAGGCCUUCUUCCGUGCCACCAGGCACAAGCCAGAGCGCAUCAUCUUCUACCGCGACGGCGUCAGCGAGGGGCAAUUCCUUGAAGUGCGCAACCGCGAGGUGAGCGCCAUCCGGCUGGCGUGCCAGGAGCUGUCGCCCAACGAGUCGUACGAGCCGGCGCUCACCUUCAUCGUGGUGCAGAAACGUCACCACACGCGCUUCAUGCCGGCCAGCGACCGCGACGGAGUCGGCAAGUUCCGCAACGUGCCGCCGGGCACCACCGUCGACUCGGUGGUCACGCACCCACUGGACUUCGACUUCUUCCUCUGCAGCCACUUCGGCAUCCAGGGCACCAGCCGCCCUGCACACUACUACAUCGUCUGGGACGACUCGAGCUUCACCGCAGACGAGCUACAGAAGCUCAGCUACUACCUUUGCCACACGUACGCCCGGUGCGCACGUAGUGUCAGCAUCCCAGCACCCGUCUACUACGCGCACCUGGCCGCGUUCCGGGCCAAAAACCACAUCGUCAGCAAGGUAGACGUGUCCAGCUCUAGCAGCGACUCAUCUGGGGGCAGCGGGGACCACGUUGCCACCAGCCAGUAUGUCGAGGCUGUGCGGGUCCUGGAGGCGCUCCAGACCUCCAUGUACUUCGUCUGAGUUGCUGCUGUUGCCGCCCGGCAGUCUGCGAUUUGGUUUCUCCGAGUGAAGUUCUCUCCCGGAUUCUUCUGUGUGCAAGGCUGAAGACGUAAAACGUCGUUGUUGUUUUUGUUUUCUUUUUCUGUUGUUUUUCUGUUGCAACCAAGUCAGACGCAAUAAAGUUUUCCAAAACCAAAA